AUGUCUGCAGACUCCCCAAUACGUCCGGACGCGCCCAAGAGCUCAUCUGGAAGCUCAAUUCCGUCGCAUUCGGCGUCAAGCACCGCCCAGCCAAUUGCUCCAAGGUUGCGGCCGCCGAGAUCACUCCCGCCAUGGAUCGAUUCGUACGAAGAGAAAUACGACGAUGCAGCGAUUGAGAAGCUUCAUGAGCUUGGCGCCCCCCCUCGUGCCGUCGCGCCACAAUCUAAUUCUGUGCCACAAGAGCCGCAGCGCCGGGUCUCCAAGGAUGGAUAUAUAGACAUCGAUGAUCCGACACUUGGGCCAGCACAGAAAGCACGCGCCCGUAUACCGCACUUUUUACGUCAUGGCAGAGCUUCCAUGCGAGGCCGCAAAUGGGACCACCUGCGGUCGGCAGAGCCCGUCAUUGUCUCUGGUCAUAACCCGUCUCCGUGGCAGGCCCCAGCCACAUGGAACGACUUUAUUACAUCGUCUACUUGGGGUCGGCCGCAAAAUGAGAGAUCCUCGGUGGUUGCGCCGGAAUACCUGGACGAUUUGUAUCCCAAUUUCAAUCGCCAGACUGCCCUGGACUUGGACAUGAGCCGGCCUCGGCAAAGCCGCCGUGGGCGAGCGCUGGGGGGCUACAAACGACUCUGGAUGAUGGCGCUCAAUCAUACGCUGUCUCCGUUAGUAUUCCGACUAGCUGUUAUCAUCACAUCGGUUAUUGCCUUGGGAAUUGCUGCACGCAUAUACAAGCUGGAAGUAAGGAGCAAUAACAAGGGUGACGAGAGUACACAGUCCAUCUUCGCUGUUGCGGUCGACACGGUGGCUAUCCCAUACUCAGCUUACAUGAUAUGGGAUGAGUAUACAGGCAAACCUCUGGGAUUACGAUCAGCCGUGGACAAGAUGUCCCUCAUCUUGCUCGAUCUCUUCUUCAUCAUCUUCAAAUCUGCCAGCACAGCGCUCGCUUUUGAGGCGCUGGUGUACAACGAGAUAGCGAAUCCUGUAAGGAAGCUGGCGGAUGCACUGGCAGCCCUUAUGCUUAUUGGGCUACUGGCAUGGACUAUGAAUCUUUCGGUCAACGUUUUUCGAGUCAUUGAGAAACUGGGUGGUGGCGAAGACGAAGGCCAUGUAUAA